AUGGGUCGUCGCAAGAUCGAGAUCAAGCCCAUCAGGGACGAUCGCAAUCGAAGCGUCACCUUCCUCAAACGUAAAGGCGGUCUUUUCAAGAAGGCGCAUGAGUUGUCCGUCUUGUGCUCUGUCGACGUCGCCGUCAUCAUCUUCGGCAACAAUAAGAAGCUAUAUGAAUACUCGUCCUCGGACAUCAACGAAAUCAUCAAUCGCUUCCAAUAUUAUGGCGGUGCACAUGAACACAAAGGUCCCUCUGACUUCACGGACAAAGGUGGAGGCGACGACGAUGACGACGACGAUGGUGGAGACGAUAUGGGCGAUGAACACGGCACUCCAGUUCCAAUGAUGCAGCCCCAAAUGCAGCACCACCCAGGUUUUCAAAAUCAGGCGUUCCUGGAAGAUUCAAGACGCACGUCCAUGCCGCCGGGAUACCCUCCACAGCAGGUGCCACAGGCGAACAUGGGUCGCAGUUCACAAGAGCAUCUGCAGCCUCCGCCACCGUCAUUACAACAUCCGAACAUACCUCGACACCUGUCUCCGCAGCCACAGCAUCAACAACGACGACCAACAGCAUCCCCUCAGCCACCCCAACAUCAAUUCGCUAGCCCUCCGAUCCCGCAGCCCCGUCCUCUGCCUGCGUCAAAGGCGCCAGUCAUUUUCACACCAAUUGAUGACAGCCGUUCAAUGUUGGCUCAGCACUGGGGCUCGACAAGCACUGCUGGUUCAACACGAGCCGAUGCGUCGGCGAAAGUGGAAGAGUCUGGGCCACGCCCGUCAUCGAUCGACGUAGGGACUCUUCAGCGCAGUUCGCAGCAUCCGGGCAAGCCUCCACGAUCGCGAUCCCGCUCGCCUCGCCCAGCUGAACCACCAACCAGCGCUGCUCCAACUGGGCCGCCCCAUCGCUCCAGCACUAGCGGUUCCAUGGAUGCCAAACGCCCGCGGCUCACUGUGCAAAUCCCAAGCGAAGCAUCUCCUGUUGAUGGCAACGCUACAGGUGCAUCGGUUCUCGAGGACUCUAGUGCUGCCCAGACUGCACCCACGAGCGACCCAAGCGCGCACAAUCACUCACAACAUCUUCAACAACCGCAGCUUCUUCACCAUAAUCAUCACGGCGUACACCUUCCACCUCCAUCACCCAGCGCAGGCAAUCCUCUCCUGUCCGCGGGCGCUCAAGGGCCCCCGAAUCCUUUCGCACGACCAGCCCCGCCCAUGAGUACAAAUCCACACGCAAUGAACCGCGAUGCCGCUGCGCCAGGGCAGUCUAACAGCAAUCAUAACAACAAUAUCGACACGCCUCUCACAGCGCUUCCCAGUCGCUUCAUGAGUGACAACCUACUACCGUCGCCGUCAAGCUUUUAUCCUGAAUGGAAUCUCGGCCGGCUGACCUCUGCCGCAGGGGACAUGUCCGCUGGAGGUCUUGGAGUUUUACCCAGUCCUUUGAACUUUGGCGUCGGGACGAGGCGUGACGACGACGGUCCUUCACUGGAAGCCAGCAGCAGUAAAAAGAGACCCGCCAGCGGCCCAGCAGAGGAAGACGGAAGUGGAUCGGGGAGUGCCGACGAAAGCGGUGGUGGUAGUGGCGCGACUGGAAGCGAAAGCGAUGCUAAGAGAGUGAAGACGUAA